AUGCCGGCCCAUCCCCACCUAAACGAUACCCUCGGCACCCACUUCCACCGCUGUCACCCACGAGCUCGUUCCUCAACCGCACUCCCUCGCCAGCUCUUCCCGAAAAAACAGUUUAAAGUUGGUAAAGCUCGCCGCCGCCCCUGCCGCCUGCCGGACCCAGCGAAUCUCGCCGCCAUGGCCGCCACCGCGCCGCUGCUGCUCGCCCUGGCGCUCGCCGCCCUCGCCACGCUGGCCGCGGGGGACAACAACCCGGCGUACGACCCGUGCAGCGACACGCGGAUCCAGCGCGGGGACGGCUUCACCUUCGGGCUCGCCUUCGCCGGCAGCGGCGCCUUCUUCUCCGGAUCCACGCAGCUCUCCCCCUGCGACCGCCGCCUCAACCUCAACUCCCCCUCCCAGCUCGCCGUCUUCCGCCCCAAGGUCGACGAGAUCUCCCUCCUCACCGUCAACACCACCACUGGCUUCAGCCCCGCCUCAGCUGGUGGGUACAUGGUAGCAUUUGCUGGUAGGAAGUAUGCAGCCAGAUCUCUACCAGUCUUUGUCUCCAAUUCCUCAGUUACAGUGUCCAGCUUCACCCUGGUUCUUGAAUUCAACAAAGGCAGGCUUCAGAACUUGCACUGGAAGAAGGAUGGGUGUGGUGCUUGCUCAGGGAAGCCGAACUUCAUUUGCCUUGGCAAGCAAACUUGCGCCAUCAGAACAAAUAUAUGCAAGAACAACAACCAGGGAUCCAUGGACUGCAGCGUCGGCAUCCAACUGGCCUUCUCUGGCACCGACAAGCACGAGAUGGUCCUCAACUCAUGGUACGAGGUGUCAAACCUGCAGCAGUACUCACUCUACGGGCUGUACUCGAAUGUGAAGGGCUCCCUGAGCGGCCAGUUUGACAAGUUCUUCUAGGCUUCUGGAGCGGCCAUUGUCCAUAACACUCACGGUCCUGCCACUGCCUCUCUGGACCUCCCCCUGAUGAUGUACUUAACGAUCUUUAGGUUUGCCCAUCAGGCUGAUUGCACGCAAACUGAUUUACCAUGUGUGGAGAUCUAGCUCACCGAUAUCUAUGUACCUACCUGUUGAGUUAUUUUAUGGGAGCUUUCUUUGUAUUAGGGUUUGCUCUUAACUUCAAUGGUGUGGCUGGCUGUUCGCUGUGUGUUGUCUACCGUACUGAAGAAGUAUCCGUCAUGUCCAAUUUGCUAUUCUGCAUGGUUGUACAUGUUGAUAUCAGCAGUUCAUA